AUGAAAGAGAGCAAGAAAGGGUCUUUCACAUGUAUAUGUAAGCCGAUUUGUUUUGUGCCUGAUGAUAAAGCGAUUUCGGAGUGUCAUCGAAAAGAAUCUAUGAAAACCGGGAGAAAGCAAUCCUGCGCUACGACAAAUACGAUGACUUUUACUCAUACUGACAAACCCUACACUACAACUCAUUCUGGGCAUGGUGAUCGUUUUUGGCCGCGCCUGUUGCAUGCAUUGCCCUCUUUUGACGUAGCCAACAGUACUGUAAACGAAGGCAAAAAAAAAGUACAGGCCUUCUCCGUAAAAAAUUUCACAGAGUCACCAUCAGGAUAUAAUUCAAUUACUUUGAUUUCUUCCCCCCGAGUGUUACAUCCAGAAGACCUACCGACAGUUAUUUUGGACUCGACAAACGUAAGGUCUCGACGAAAAUCAGUCAGGAAUACUUGUAUGGCUUCAGUUACUGUUCAUGAUACAGUACAGGAAAAAGACUCAAGUCAAAUAAGUGUAUCCAUAGCCUCAGGUAAGUUAAGGAGACCUGUAAUCACGACCCCCUCUAGAAAACCAAGUUGUCGAUCAUCUUUUCAGAAGUCAUCCACGAUACUAAGUGAAGAGAGCCCUCUACCAUGUGCUGGUUCAUGUAAUAUCAAUGAGUAUACUAUUCUCGUAUCAUGCAAAUUAUGCGAAACCCCUCAACAGAAAGGGUCCGUAAUGGAGGCAGACUUGAGGGCGCUGGCUUCCACCAGUGCCCAUUCGAACCCUGACAAGUUUCGUGUGACGUCAAAGUCCUCGAUAGUCUCCCUUAAUACAGUCGAGGCUGCGCCUUUCCACGCAAUAUCUUCACAAAGAGUGGACAAAAAGAAUUGCCAGUCGUCAACCGAUCACAGUUUUCUGUUGGAAAGCUCACAACAAUCACACCAUGAUCCCUUACGCGUCGAGUACAUUCCUAUCGCUGACGACACCAAAAGUAGCUCCAUCGACAUGACCACAAUAUCUAACAUUCACAAGAAUGUUGGGGACGGCGAACGAUACCACGAUAUUACCACGACAAGUAUUACAUACGACAGCAUGCUAGGGAGGAGAACUGACCGCUCCUCUUCCCUGAAGACCGAGUUUCAUUGUGCGUCUGGUAUCGUCGAAAUACUACCAGUUGGUAAUUCGAUCUCAGAUUUAGGGUUAAUCUCUACCAGUGAUUCAUGCAAGCGCCGGGUUUCUAAGCAAGAGGAUGCGAUUGAAAAGAAGGAGCUGCAACAAUUUGCCGCGCGUUACUACAAGCGAAUUCAGGUAUCCUUGGGUUGCUGGGGGAGACCUCAGUGCAGCGCAACGGAUGGGCACAGUCACGGCGGCGAAGACUCCCGGAGGGCGUCUGGGUCUACCGCACUGAUCCCUAAUCGACAGCUCAUAACGCACCCCGCACUUCGUCUUCCUGCGUUUGUGGCAACGUCGAGUAUGACACUAACGGCAUCGCGAAGUCGGAGGAGCUUAUGCAUGUCUAAAUUCUUUUGCGGGCGGUCCCCAUCACCGCUCUCUUAA